UUCCUUUUAAUGUUUUUUUUAUUACAGUUUUUAUAGUUGGUGACAAAAUUUACAUUUUACGUGUAAUUUUGCUUUUAAAAGAUCAGUUUAGUAGUCCUUUUUUGCCGUUACUUUUAAAGGAACAUAAGUGUCAGGAAGAGAAUAAUUGGAUUUUUUCACGUUCCUCGUCGCCUCGUCGGUAUUAAUUUAUUGAUUUGAACCAACCAAACAUAUUUGUCUGAUCAUUUCAGUUUAAAUACAUAGGAUUAAAUGAUGACUGUUGACGGAGAUGAGAAGCCUCCUCGGGAUCGAGUGUUCAUGGACAUAUCCAUCGGUGGCUUACCUUCUGGCCGGAUUGUUUUCGAGCUAUUCAACGAUGUUGCUCCGAAAACAGCGGAAAACUUCCGCGCAUUGUGCUCUGGGGACAUGGGUGUUGGUAAGGUGACAGGCAAGCCCCUUACUUACAAGGGCAUGGUGUUCCAUCGUGUGGUGAAGGACUUCAUGAUACAAGGUGGGGACUUCACAAAUGCUAACGGGACUGGUGGGGAAUCCAUCUAUGGAGGAACUUUUGAAGAUGAAUCGUUUGAGCUGCAGCACGAUCGGCCCUACUUGUUGUCUAUGGCCAACAGAGGCAAAGACACUAAUGGGUCGCAGUUCUUUAUAACAACACAGCCGGCACCGCAUCUCGACAAUGUGCACGUAGUGUUCGGGCACGUGGUGGGCGGCGCGGCGCUGGUGCGGCAGCUGGAGGCGCUGCCGGUGGACCGCAACGCGCGCCCGCUGCAGGACGUGCGAGUGGACAACUGUGGGCAGCUCGUGCGGCUUAAGGCGGGAAAAAAGCGCAAGCAAGACAAGGAGAAAGUCAAAGAAGAAAGUGAUGCCGAGUCCGAGAAGUCUCACAAGAAGGACAAGAAGAAGAAGAAGGACAAAAAGGAGAAGAAGAAGAAGAGACAUCAUUCUGGGGCAUCAGAAGAGGAAGAGGAAGGUGAACUUCCCUCGCACCCUCUGGCCGUGACCUCCAAGAUAGACCCCAAGGAGAUCCCCGAGGUGCCGGCCAACCGCUUCCUGAUGCGCGGCGGGCGAGACCAGGACAAGGAUAGGAAUGACUUCAGGAAGGACAGAGAGAGGCAGAGGUUCCGUGAGAGGGAUCGUCACUCCUACACCCGUAGCGGCAGGAUUAUCAAAGGCAGAGGUGUUUUCCGUUACCGCACGCCGUCGCGGUCGCGGUCGCGCUCGCGGUCGGUGACGCCGCCGCACUGGCGCCAGGCGCAGCGCCGCAUCGUAAAGCUGUCUGACAUCGAGCGUGUGGAGCACGAGCGUUCCGAGCGUGAUCAUCAAGAAGAAAUGAAGAACAAGCGAGCAGAGAAAAACAAAGAUGAAGAGGGAGGAACUCCGGAGCAACCCCGCGAAAAAGAGGAAGGAGAAUGCGACACCACAUUAGAAAAAUCGGCUCAUGAGAAGAUUGACUACAACGCGCUGGAUUUCGAGGCAGAUGUGGAGCAUGACGAGGACCCAGAGCACGUGCGCGCGCGCAAACCAGCUGCCGAGAAGCCCGAAGCGCGCCGCGCGCCGCGCAGUCGAGCUGACAUGUUAGCGCGCGCGCUGGGCGUCCAUCCGCGGCACGACCAGCGAGAAGGAAUGCCGCUCCGUCGCCGUGACGUCCCAGCAUCAGCAGUAUACUCCGCGCCCAAGCUGUCUUCGGCUGUCUCCAAUAUGGCGGAGGGCCUGGGAUCGGCCAGGCCUCACGAGGAGAGGGACAACGAGGGCGGUUACGAUCCCUUCAGUCUGCUGAGAAGCACCUUCAAAGGGCGGGAGAUGGCGCAAAGGAAGGAAGAACGCCCUGAGCGCUCCGAGCCCCGUCGCGAAAGAGAAAAAGAAAAAUUCCACGACAAAGAAGACAGACGCGACAAACACAAGAGCGAGAGGGAGCGACACAUCUCCGAGAUGAGCGACAAGGACGACGCGCGCAAACCGGAAAAGUCCGAUCGCCGACCCGAACGGAGCGAGGACAGAGAUCGGAAGACAGAGAGGAGCGAAAGAGACGACCGAGACCGCAAAUAUUCUGAAAAGAGCGAGAGAGACGACCGGGAUCGCAAAUACUCUGAAAAGAGCGAGAGAGAUGACCGCAAACACGAUAGCAAACAUGCGGACAAGAGCGACAGAGAUAGCAAGUACGAUAAGAGGGACGAUAAGCGGGACCGGUCGAGGGAGCGAGACAGAUAUAGGGACAAGAGUGAGAAGCGUAGGGAUGACGACAGGAAGAGGGAUGAAGAUGAUAGGGACAAAAGGAGGCGGUCGCGUUCUUCUAGCAGGGGAAGGAGUAGGUCUCGAGACCGCAAACACUCUGCGUCGAGCCAUCGCGAGAAAAGUCGGGACAAGUCGCAAGAUAAGUCGCCGCAAGAGGACGACAAAAAGAAGGAAGAAGAGCGCAACGAAGCUCGCAAAGAGCUGAUGGAGAUCGUCCGCCUCAUCAAGUCCAGGCAGCGCGACCGCGAGAACAAAGCCGCAGAAGCGAAGAAGCGUCGUGACUCCAGUCGCAGCUCGUCGGGCUCCGAGCGCGAACGACGCCGCCGCGAGCGAAGGAAGCGAAGCGAGAGCCCUCGGCGCCGCCGCGACAGUACCGAGCGCGAUUCCCGCCGGCGCCGGCGCCGGUCGUCGUCGUCGCGCUAGGUGUGUCUGCGCCUAAUGUGCACGUGCUAUGUUUGACUACGGAUUAUGAUGGACACACGUUGGGGAUUUACCCACCAUAUUAUACACUUCGUCAUAAUAUUAU